CUUUACGAGAUGAUGUAAAUGAAAGAUCAAGAAGUAACCCCGCUUUAAAAGCCGAUAUAUGUGAUGAUCACCUUAUAUAUUUACCGGCUGUGGAAGCUGAUGUCUAUGAACUGGCAGCCAUGGUGGCUGUGGUGACUUCCUGACCUCGCUGAGCAGUGGCGCGUCCACCGGCCAGUCGGACAUGCUGUUUCAAGCCUGCACGGCGUUGAAGUCGUCCAUCUCCAUUACGGCAAGCCCAGUGGAAAGCGGAGGGAGGUAGACCCUCCUCGAUGAUAUGCGUCCUCCCGGAUGACCGGUCAUCGAGAGCUCAUCCCCGGCGUGCGGUCUCCACGACGCCUUUGAUCAGGGAAUGUAACGUCGUCACCGGGCUGUGAACGCUACACAUUCCACUGUGUCAUGACACGACAUCCCUUAGACGGUCCUUGUACAAGCGGUCAGAUGACAGCAGAAGCAUGCUGAUGACGUGUAGUGUUACGUGCCUCUUGCUUCUGCUGCUGCUGCUCACGGAAUGCUCAUCCACGGCUUACGACCUCAGCAGCUCGGAGCAGCCGCUGGCAAGGGAAAAGCUGCAGCUAGUGCAGCAGCAGCAACAGCAGCAGCAACAGCAGUCGCAGCCGCCUCCGUUCAAGCCUGGCCGCAAGACCAACUACGGCCUGCUCAAGUCCGAGCCGUGCAGCUCCGACCAGACGUGCAGCAUGCGGGAUCCGGCAUCCCGCUGCCUCGAACAGUUCUGCGUCUGUCAACACGGGUUCACGGACCAGUUCGGUGACCGCUGCAAGAAGCUCGUGCAGCUGGGCGAGACCUGCUCCGAGAACCUGGUCUGCUCCGGCGACGCCGUCCAGUGCUCAGACGAGCGAUGCGUCUGCGAACGAGGGUUCGCCGAGGACGAGGGCGCCUGCGUCAAGGUGGACCCAUCUCGGGCCUCCAGCCGCAUCCUGCUGUACGUGGUGUGCGCGGCGACUGUGCUGUUUGUGGUGGGCGGAAUGUCGUCCAUGCUCUACUCACAGGUCAGGCAGCGCCACUUCAAGGACCAGGCCUGCGACAACUGUUUCCUCGCCCAGUGCACGAUUCUCUGAACUGUUGUUGCCGUCUCGCGAGACCAUUCCUUCCCGAACAGCAGCUCGUGGCCUGAUCGUCGUCGCCACUGAACAAGCGUUGUCGAAGUGCGCAUGUGAGACAUGGACGGCCCGACGGUCAAAAUGAAACGCUGCCGAUGAAGCUGACUAAUAGCAGAACGUAUCGAAAUGUAACGCAACAUUAGAGCGACGAGUUUGACCUGUUUCAUUUGAAGCCAUGCAGAGGAGAUGUAAUGAUUGGUGUCAUGCUCCACAUUAAGUGCACUGCUUCUCAUGUGUCACGUGAAAUGUUCGUGUCGUUUGUGUGACUUGUAAAAACACGUUUUGAGCACACGUCACCCAUUUUUACGGUAUUUGGUGAGACAAGUUCUGCUCUUCCUGCUCUCUAUUAUGAAAGCGUCUUGCUCUGUCAUAUUUACGUUUUAUUAGACCUGUGCAUACAUGGGCACUAUGAAAACACAGCAUUCCGGUUUUCUCUCCACCCUCUAAUGACGGCACUGCUUUUAGAGACUACCAGCCGCGUCUUGGAAUUGCAAUGGCAGCUCUGCGGCUCCCAACACACGCCCCCUACCACCCGCUAUUGCACAGUCGUUCUCAAUACGAGUUUCAACAGCGCCCGUAGUUCAAGGGGCACCAUGCAGAGUGCACGGCGGCGCCGACAAAUGAAAAAUUGAGGAACUAAACACCGUUCCAAAUAACGGACUUACUAAACCAAUUUUUCCGUAUUUCGGCGCCGCCGUACAAUCUUGUCCUUUGACCAGGGGGACCGUGUUGCAGCUCAUACUGAACGUGACUGUACGUGCAUGUGUCAUUACACCAAGCGGCGUGUAUCCCGGGUUAUUAAAAAAUUAA